AUGGAGCAGUCACGGUGUGGCAGCAGAGACGGCGGCGGGAGCGGCCGAGCCCAGCGCGCCCCAGGGCUGGUGGCGGCGCCCCCUCCGACCUCCUCCACAGCGCUGCCGGUACCCUCGGGGAUACCCGUUCCCCCAGCUUUCCUGCGGCCGCCCAGCCUCUUCCUGCGAGCAGCCGCCGCCGCCGCCGCGACCAUGGGAAACGGGGGCUGCCCGCCGGCGACGGGGCUGGACAGGGGGGUGGGCGCGCUGGGCUGCGGCUACCCCCGGACGCCCAAGUGCGCGCGCUGUCGCAACCACGGCGUGGUGUCGGCGCUCAAGGGCCACAAGCGCUUCUGCCGCUGGCGGGACUGCGCGUGUGCCAAGUGCACCCUGAUCGCCGAGCGCCAGCGCGUCAUGGCCGCCCAGGUGGCGCUGCGCAGGCAGCAGGCGCAGGAGGAGAGCGAGGCCCGGGGGCUGCAGAGGCUCCUGGACCCUGGACCCGCCGGGCCCGGCCGUCUGGCGUCCGCACGCAGCGGCCGAACGGAGAAUCCUCAGGCUGCGGGCGGCCCUGCGGCUGUGGCUGCGCUGGGACUGGGUGUCUUGAGACAGGCUAGCGGUCUGGCACCCCCGGCUUUUGAGGUUUUCCAGCAAGAUUAUGCAGAGAAAAAACAAGAACAAAAAGAGAGUGAGUGUGACUCAUGCCAGAGUGGACAAGAAGAACCGCCUUCCAAAUCCCAUCAACUUUCUCUGGUAUCAUCUCCUACGUCUAAUGGUGUCAUUGGGAAACAAAGCAUCAGAUCAUCUAUUUUAGAAUACUCAAACAAGCAUGAUAGCAUCCUGUCUCCUCACCCUGAAGAACAAUCAGGAGGUGAAGAGAGUCCCAGAUCUUUAUCAUCUUCUGAUCUGGAAUCAGGAAAUGAAAGUGAAUGGGCCAAAGACUUUGCUGCUACCAGAGCCAGCCUUCCCACAGUGUCCUCAAGACCGAGAGACCCUCUUGAUAUCCUUACCAAGAUUUUCCCAAGUUACAGGCGCAGCCAGCUAGAAGACAUUCUACAGUUCUGCAAAGGAGAUGUGGUUCAAGCCAUUGAACAGGUUUUAAAUGGGAAAGAAUACAAGCCAGACCCCAGAGACGUAGCAAGCACAAGAGAAUUGGAAAAUACAGCUUUUCAGAGAGCUUCGAAUUUUAGUCUAGCUGGAAUUGGUUUUCGAACUCUACCUAAUAAAUCAGCUUUCUCUCCUCUUCAAACCACAUCUGCUCCUUAUGGAGGUGAUUCGGGUCUCUACAACUUACAUCCUAGAUUAGGUAUCAGUCCAUUACGGCUGGCAUAUUCUUCUCCAGGAAGAGGACUAUCUGGUUUUGUGUCACCCUACCUAACACCUGGGUUGGUGCCAGCAUUGCCUUUUCGGCCAACUUUGAAUUAUGCCUUUUCAGGGAUGAUUAGGGAUUCUUCCUACUUUCCCAGUAAAGACUCUAUAACUAGCGGUAGACUGUAUUCCAGACUGAAUCAGGACAGUCUGUAAUAAAUCUACCCAUUCUUCCUUUCUGGAGUAUGUCUAGAAGCAUGCAAUACACACGCACACACACACACACACACACACACAUGCACCCUUAUUGAUGUACCUGAAUAUGUGUGUGAGUGGAUUACCAGGCCUUAGAAAUGCUAUUAUUUUUUUUUACAAGCAAUAUAAUAGACAUUAGAUCUGA